GCGUACUCGUCUCCCUUCCAUCCUGCUUCCUCAGCCCUGGAGCUCCGCGGGGCUUGGGUGGGUCUCAACAGCGGCAGCACCGGUGGCGGCGAUAGUGACAGUGACUGCGUGAGACUCAGACGGAAAUGGCGAUGGCGAUGUCAGACAGUGGGGCGACCCGGCUGCGCCGGCAGCUGGAGUCGGGGGGCUUCGAGGCGCGGCUGUACGUGAAGCAGCUCUCGCAGCAGUCGGACGGGGACCGGGACCUGCAGGAGCACCGGCAGCGCAUCCAGGCGCUGGCGGAGGAGACGGCGCAGAACCUGAAGCGCAACGUCUACCAGAACUACCGGCAGUUCAUCGAGACAGCCCGCGAAAUCUCCUACCUGGAGAGCGAGAUGUAUCAGCUCAGCCAUCUGCUGACCGAGCAGAAGAGCAGCCUGGAGAGCAUCCCGCUCACCCUGCUGCCGGCGGCCGCCGCCGCUGGGGCUGCCGCGGCCUCCGGCGGGGAGGAAGGGGGAGGCGGCGCGGGGGGCCGAGACCACCUGCGGGGCCAGGCAGGCUUUUUCCCCACUCCCGGGGGCGCCUCCCGCGACAGCUCGGGCCCCGGCGAGGAAGGGAAGCAGCGCACCCUUACCACCCUGCUCGAGAAGGUGGAAGGCUGCAGGCACCUGCUGGAGACGCCGGGGCAGUACCUGGUGUACAACGGGGACCUGGUGGAAUACGAGGCCGACCACAUGGCCCAGCUGCAGCGGGUGCACGGCUUUCUCAUGAACGACUGUUUGCUGGUGGCCACCUGGCUGCCCCAGCGGCGGGGGAUGUACCGCUACAACGCCCUCUAUCCCCUGGAUGGUUUGGCCGUGGUCAACGUCAAGGACAACCCGCCCAUGAAGGACAUGUUCAAGCUGCUCAUGUUUCCCGAGAGCCGUAUUUUUCAGGCGGAAAAUGCUAAAAUCAAACGAGAGUGGCUGGAAGUGCUGGAGGAAACCAAGAGAGCCCUCAGUGAGAAAAGACGAAGGGAGCAGGAGGAGGCAGCGGCCCCUCGAGCACCACCCCAGGUGACUUCCAAGGCCAGUAACCCAUUUGAGGAUGAAGAAGACGACGAACCGGCCGUUCCUGAGGUAGAAGAGGAGAAGGUGGACCUCUCAAUGGAAUGGAUCCAGGAGUUACCUGAAGACCUGGAUGUCUGUAUUGCCCAGAGGGACUUUGAAGGAGCCGUUGACCUGCUGGAUAAAUUAAACCAUUACCUAGAGGAUAAGCCCAGUCCACCUCCUGUUAAAGAGCUAAGGGCCAAAGUGGAUGAGCGUGUCCGGCAGCUCACGGAGGUGCUGGUGUUUGAACUCUCCCCAGAUCGUUCCCUGAGAGGUGGUCCGAAGGCUACGCGUAGAGCAGUUUCUCAACUGAUCCGGCUGGGCCAGUGCACAAAGGCCUGUGAGCUGUUUUUGAGAAACAGGGCAGCGGCUGUGCACACUGCAAUACGUCAGCUGCGCAUCGAGGGUGCCACCUUACUCUACAUUCAUAAGCUGUGCCAUGUCUUCUUUACCAGCCUUCUUGAAACCGCACGGGAAUUUGAGACGGAUUUUGCAGGCACAGACAGUGGCUGCUACUCUGCCUUUGUGGUCUGGGCGAGAUCAGCCAUGGGCAUGUUUGUGGAUGCCUUUAGCAAGCAGGUGUUUGAUAGUAAGGAGAGCCUCUCUACCGCGGCCGAGUGUGUGAAAGUGGCGAAGGAGCACUGUCAGCAACUGGGGGACAUUGGACUCGACCUCACCUUCAUCAUCCAUGCCCUUCUGGUGAAGGACAUCCAAGGGGCCUUGCACAGUUACAAAGAAAUCAUCAUCGAAGCCACUAAACAUCGCAACUCUGAGGAGAUGUGGAGGAGGAUGAACUUGAUGACCCCAGAGGCCCUGGGCAAGCUCAAAGAGGAGAUGAAGAGUUGUGGGGUCCGAAACUUUGAGCAGUACACCGGGGAUGACUGCUGGGUGAACCUGAGUUACACCGUGGUUGCCUUCACCAAACAGACCAUGGGCUUCUUGGAAGAAGCCCUGAAGCUCUAUUUCCCAGAGCUGCACAUGGUACUUUUGGAGAGCCUGGUGGAAAUCAUUUUGGUUGCCGUGCAGCAUGUGGAUUACAGCCUUCGGUGCGAGCAGGAUCCGGAGAAAAAGGCUUUUAUCAGACAGAAUGCAUCCUUUCUCUAUGAGACCGUCCUCCCUGUGGUGGAGAAGAGGUUUGAAGAAGGCGUGGGGAAACCCGCCAAGCAACUCCAGGACCUGAGGAAUGCAUCCAGACUUAUUCGUGUGAACCCUGAAAGUACAACGUCAGUGGUCUGAUGCCCGUGGCUCUGUGUCUAUGUAUGCCUAUAUAUUGCUUAUACGUUAUUUAUAUUUAUAUUAAGUUGCAUUAGCAUAUUCUUUAUAGUCUUAAACACAGAUCAAAAAUAAAAGACGCCCUCUCAAACAGAAAUGCAGAAUCAAAAGGAAGAAGAAAAAAAAGUUAAAAUUAAGCCAAAAUAACAAAACAGUGGAAUUAUUAAAAUAUACGCUUUCCUUUUAAAUUAUGCUAACUCUCUAAUGAAUAUGUUGUCACACUACAGCAUUUCAGUGUAUCCUUUUGGGUCAAAACACACUUUCUUCCAGUCUGUAUUAUGCAGCUCAGAGAAAUCAUAUCUAUAAAUACGUAGAAUUUAAGUAUGUCGUGAGGUUUCCCAGUUCGCUAAAAUGUUAGGUCUCUUAAAAGAGUACAGUGCCGUACAAACACCCUGCUUCACACACUUCCCCACCUUAAAAUGUGACUGAACAAUUUUGGGGGGCGGGGGGAGGAGUUGAGAGCAUUGGUUUUAGCAUAAAUUUUGGUCAAAAAAAUUCCUUCUUGAAAAUGGCCAGUUUGUGGACUCAAAUACUUGGAUAGCUUUCAUGAGAUGGCUCCGCAAACAUUUUGCCAGUGUGAUUUGAGUGACUAAUUAUUUUCACCUGCUAAUUAGCAACUUUCUAAUACUUGAUUGGGGAGCAUUUACUUGAAUCUUAAGGACUAUGGUAACUUUUCUUUCAACAUAUUCCUGAACUGCGUGAAUUUCUAGCCACAGCUUUUGUCCUUACCAUACUAAAAAAAUUAAAAUGAUUAAAAGAAAACCACCAAAACAGGACAGACUGAGGAACCUGGCAAUGGCCAGUGACUUUUAGCUGCCUUCCCUCAAUCUCCCUGUAACAUAUAAUGACUCAGACUACAUGGAAACGGGAGGAAAGUUUUCGGUGAAACAUUUAUUGAGAUUUCAGGGCCUGGGUGGAUGGGAAAUUAGAAAAAAAUCAUAUGCAAACCCUACUCAAGUAUGACUGUUUUGAGCAGAGAUUUGGCUUUUGAUUUUUUGUAGCAAAGUAGAGAACAAAAAGGUGAGACAAUGUGCCCAAAGCCAAGGGAAGAAAAGAACUUUUGGUGACUCCUACUAGAAUGCUACAUACUGCCUUUCUCUUGUUUUGUGUUUUCCUUUGUUAUGAAAAGUAAAUAUAAUGCUUACUUCAGGUUGUUUCGUAAAACAAAAAUAGCUGAAGAAAUUGGAGCUUCCCAGGAUUUCUGAACUACUGCUUCCAUUGUGCAUUGAUUAUAUAAGAUUCCCCAUAUGUGAAGAGAAAUUGUGCUAAGAUCCACCAUUUUUCCCUCUUUCCAGUUGUGAUUCUUGUCCAAAAGUGCCAUUUCUGAUGCCGAGGACUUCCAAAGUUCUUGUCUUUUAUCUGAAUUAAAAUAGUGGUAUUAAGUGGAAAUUAUGUAAAACUAAAAUAGCUUCCAAGAGUGGCUUAGGGUUUGUGAAGCUCCAUGACUCAGUUACUUGCUGUCAGAGGAGCCCUUUUAUGUAUUUUUAGCUAUGC